AGUCAUAUUAAUCGCAAAACUUGUGCAUUCUGCGGACGAAUUCUUCACAAAAAAGAAAACCAUCAUGGCGACGUCUUUUUCUACACUUCAUAAUGGAUAAUGAAAAACGAAGAAAAAAGUCAAAGAGAAAAUUAUUACAAUGUUAUAACCAUAUGUAGAAUAAUAUGGCAGACAAGGAACAAUUCAGUGAACUAUUUUGUUUGAUAACAUAGCAAAUUGUAUUGAAGUGAGACGUAUAAAACUUGACGUGCCCGUGCGAUUUUGCAGUGUUGUUAGUUUUAUUUCAUUCACACGAUCGCACAUGCAUUUACCUCCAUAGCACAUAAUUGUUAUAUGUAAUAAUAAGCAUAAAAGCCGUAUGCUAAAACGUGUCCCCUCUUAUCUAGUCACACCUAAAAGCCAGUGAUAGCAGCUUGCAUUAACUAUUCUCUAUGACAAUAUGGAGAAAUACGAGAAAAUUAGCAAAAUUGGAGAAGGAUCCUACGGUGUUGUGUUCAAAUGUCGGAACAGAGAAACAGGAGCACUUGUUGCUAUCAAAAAGUUCAUGGAAUCAGAGGACGAUAUGCUUAUUAAAAAGAUAGCAAUGAGAGAAAUAAGAAUGCUAAAGCAAUUGAAGCAUCAGAAUUUGGUUAAUUUAAUAGAAGUAUUUCGACGGAAGAAAAAGCUUCAUUUAGUGUUUGAAUAUGUAGAUCAUACGGUGCUAACAGAGCUUGACAGAAAUCCACGAGGAGUUCCGGAACAUUUUACCAAAAAGAUAAUAUACCAAACUAUACAAGCUAUAAAGUUUUGUCAUCAACAUAAUUGUAUCCACAGAGAUGUAAAGCCAGAAAAUAUACUGAUAUCUAGACAAGGCACAGUUAAAUUAUGUGAUUUUGGAUUUGCAAGAGUCUUAACUGGUCCUGGUGAUGAAUACACAGAUUAUGUAGCUACAAGAUGGUACAGGGCACCAGAACUAUUAGUAGGAGACACACAGUAUGGACCUCCUGUAGACAUUUGGGCCAUUGGCUGUGUUUUUGCCGAAUGUCUUACAGGCCAGGCUUUAUGGCCUGGUAAAUCAGAUGUUGAUCAGUUGUAUCUGAUCAGAAAAACCUUAGGUGACUUGUUACCUCGACACCAAGAGAUUUUCUCAAAUAACAGUUUCUUCAGAGGUCUAACUAUACCUGAACCAGACAGGGUGGUUCCUCUGGAAGAAAGAUUUCCUAACAUAUCAUCAAAUGCCUUGCAUUUUAUGAAGUGCUGUUUACAAAUGGAUCCAACUCUUCGUUGGAAUUGUCAACAGUUACUUGAACAUCCAUAUAUGGAUGCCAACAGGGAUGCCCUAGAUCCACCAAAUAGACCAAAUCGUAAGAAGAACCCAUCACGCACGAGUACACACGUAAGUGAAACGACAAACUAUCAUCAUUUAUAUCAACAACUGCCUCAGCUGCACCAUAACACAAUGAACUCUACCUCAUCACCCACACCUACAUUGAACCCUCCCAAUAAGUCCUACUUUCAAGGGUCAAAGAAACCAAAGCCACAUUAUAACGACCAUCACCUCCCGAACAUCUGACUCCUCGGUCAAGGGGUUAGGAGGUUUGAUGGUAAUUGACCACUAUCAUCACUUGACUGACCCUGGAGGCCAUUUUCUACAUGGGAGCAUCAGACAUCUGGUGUGCUGCACGCCAGUUUGAACUGCUUGGUUUUUGACUGUCCUGGAGCGUUACAUUGUGACAGAAGAUUUAUUGACGUUAUGUUGUAAUUAAAUGGGAGAUGUUGUUGUGAUUUGGUGGUUACUCAUGGUUUCUAUAUUUCAGGAAAAAUAGUGUUGAUUUUAUUUUCCAAAGAAGAAAAUUUUCUAAGAUGUCUUUUAAUCACAGAAAUAUGUUAGGUAAAAAAGUUAAUAUAUUUUAAAAGUUAUGAGUUUAAUUUCAAUUUUUUUCAAUUGCUAAUUUUGAUUUUACAAAACAGGUAGAGGUUAUAUUCAGGCAUCUUUAAUAUUGGCCAUUUAUUAAAUCUUAUAAUGGAUGUAUUCAUUUUUAAGAAGAAAAAAUCAUGAAAGCAUGAGUUUCCACCAAAAAUAUGGUAAUGUAAAAUUUCAGGACUAGUCUCUAUUGCUAGGCAACCACCAUAUAUGUCAACAAUUAAUUGUAGUAAUUAGGUAUGUAAUAAUUGGUUUAGAUGGUAGUUAUUUUAGAGCAGAAAUUGUAAUAGAUUGUGUAAAAGGGAAAGUGUAUAUGAUAUCUUAUGUUGUGAAAGGUCUUAACACUAUAACUACUACUAUUUACCAAAAAAAAAGAAGAAAGAAAUGGAAAAUCCCAUGUAAAAUUUGGAACUAGGUUACUUGUCAAGUCAUUUACCUUCUCUAUCAAGAGGAUCAUUAAGGGUUUAUCUGUAGAUGUGUCACUACUUUCAAUCGGAUUUAUGAAUCGUGUGUAGAUGUAAAAAUAUUUACAAAGAAACAAAUGAAAAUAUACAUGACAUACUAUAUUGAUCAGAAAACCCUUUAAUCAUUCUCUUUUUCCAUUAAAAUUAUAUCAGAAAUGUGUUUUGUAAAAUAUUAAUGUGUGAUAAAAAAAAAAACAUUCAUCCAAAUUCACAUAAUUGUAAAUUGCACACACAAAUAUAUUCAGGAAUUUGAUAAUAAAGUAUGUUUCUUUUAAGGUUUUGUUUUGGAAUUUUUUAUAAAGGAGUUUGUAAUGAAAUCAGUGCUAGCCUUACCUAUUAUUGUCUGUACUAAUUGUGUAUGUUUGUGAUUGUGAAAAUGUUUGUUUGUUGUUUGGUUUUGUCGAUGUACCAUAAAAGACAAGAGAUUUUGGUAAGAUUAUUCAAUUGGGCCAGUAAAUUGGAAAAAAUCAUUUACAUUUAAAAAAAACAACAAGAUUAACAUUGCUGCAAUGAGAAUGAAAAAAGAACUUACUUUUUAUUGGAAUUAAAUUUGUUUUUGGAUAAACAGUACAGGAAUCUUGUACUCUUGUAAGGUAUACUCACACCUAACAUAGCAGUAAACAUCAGUUUGAUCUUGGACCAGAUUUGUUUUUCAUGGCAUCUUUGUGGAUUCUCUCCCCUACACUUUUGCAUUUAUGGUACCUUUGUGAAAAAUCGCCCAUUAUCUUUUGUAUUUGAUGGUACCUUUGUGAUUUCCUUUAUAGUCAUAUGACAUAUAUGUUAACAUGUGGUUGCCUAUAGUGUGUUUAUCUAUACCUAAUGAUUUAGUUCUAGUUGUGCACCAUAGCCAAAAUUUAGAAAUUUUAGAUUUUAAUAUUUUCAAAAUUAUGCUAGAUUUAGGGAAUAAACUACAAUGGUAUGAAUGAGGAUAAUAUAAGUUUUUUCAAGAGAUAUGACAAUAUAUUGAUUUAAAGUAUUUUGCCAUUACUUCUAUUACCUAACCAUCAGUAUAGAUAUUUUUAGAUAGAGGGACUCAUUUCCCGAGGGAGAGCUUCGAUGAAAGUUGAUCUUUUGUUAAUAGAUACAAGUAGAUGUACAGAUUGCAUAAUUGAUCAGACAAAGUUAAAAUUCAAAUAUGAUGUAUAAUAAAUGAGACUUUUCAAACAUUUCAAAACAAUUUUUUCAAGAAAAUAUAGUUAUAUACUUGUACAUACUGAAACCACUUUUACCAGAAAAUAUAGUACCAUACUUGUAACUGCUUAAAAAAAAUCAAACAUGUACUUGUAACUAUUUAUAAAUAGUCAGCUUCUAUCAGUCUCUGUUCAUCUUACAGCUGUGAUUACAGUAAAACAUAGUUGUGGUAUAAAAUAUCAGAUUUUUAUAUAUUAGUCAUUUGAUUAAAUUAACAAUGUGCCAUUGUCAGUAAUAGUUAUAAAUAUAUAUCUUGUCAUUGUAAAAUUUAUAUAAUUUAGUUCAAAAGUGAUGUGCAAAAAUCAAAUAUUUUGAACACAAAACAGUAGGACCUGUUUCUUGGUAUUCCUUCUUAUCCUAUUCAAAUGCAAAUGGACAGAUUUUUGGAAUGUUUUAAAUUAUUUAACUUUUAGUUUCUAAUAUCAGUUAAUUGUAAUAUAUUUGAUAUCUUGUGAAAAUCAAACCUCACAACAAAUUUUCUCUUGAAUAACAAGUUGAAAAUAUUAACACUUCAAAAAAGUAUUUUUUGUCCUUCCUGUGGUGAAAAUCUGGAAGGCAAGACAAAGCUAACCUAGAUUCUGUUGAUGGCAUUGUCAGUAUGGUGUUAAAGUUGUUUUAUUAGACAUCAAUAAAUUUUUCAAACAUUGACAGAAUUUUACUAAACUCUUGACAAAAGCUUCAUGACCUCUUUGAUUUGUAUUUUCCCCAUUUUUGCAGUCAAUAUACAGGUUUUAAAUUUUAAAGUUUGGAUAACUUUGCCAAACUUUCAAGGAAUGUUACAAAACUAAGACAGAAGCUUCUUCAUUAUCAAAAGAGCAAAAACCUUGAGCAAAAUGAUUUUUUAUUCAUUUUACUGAUGGAUUUUUAUUUAGCAAUUAACAUUACACUUUUACACUGAAAACAGCAGUCACAUUUAAAAUGCAUGAUUCUGUAGAACUCUUUUUUGAAUUAUUUCAUUUACAUUGAAACCAAAACUUUUUAGGGGGAAAUUUAUUUCACCUCACUUGCAUUGAUUUCAGUAUGAAAUUUUUAAUUGGCUCUUGCUUAUUUUUAUAUUCAAUUGACCAAUGACAAGAAAAUGGUCAACACAAUUAUUGCUUAUGCUGUUGAUAUUGUGACUUUUGGAAAAACUUUACACUUUUUACUUUUAAUGUGUCUUGAUUCAAACAUUGUUGUAGAAAAAAUUUACAGUAUUUUGGGAAUUUUUUAUUAAGAUUGACUUACAAAGAAAAACUGUUUGUAUGCAAAUAGCUUGUUAAGCUGACAGAAUUUAAAGGGUAUCAGAAAGUUCCAUUGUUACAAAUACCAAUUCAGAAUUUUUUGUUAUAGAUAAAUGUUUUGUCUUAAUUUUUGUUUGCCUUUAAUAACAAAAAAAAACAAAACAGUACAGUACAAGUAGGGAUGUAAUUUUAUACAAAAACAUUAAAAAAUGAAAUUCAGAUUUAUUUGAAACCGGUGAAAAAGGACAGUGUUUUGAAAUUUACACAGACGAUUGUUUGACUACAUGUUUGUUUAUUUUGUUGCAAUUUUUUUCCACUAGUGUGUUUUUCUUAAUUUCCUGAGCACAAUUCUAAACCCAAAUAACUUCUGUUGGCACUAAUUGUUUUGCUUUCUGUUGCUUCCAGUAUUUGCCUCCCAUGAAAUAUGGCCUGCUUGCUUCUAGUUUGAAUUGUAUAUCUUAGUAUAUACUUCCAACUAUGAGUAGGUUGAGAUUGGUAUACUCAUCUGUUUAUAAAUUCAUUUUGUCAUUGUCAUUUUGACACCAAUUUUUAGUCUUGUAUAAAAUUCAUAUGUUAUCACUUAUUUGGCACCAAAUGCUCUGUACAGUUUCAGUUUGAAAAGAGUUAAUAAACAGUUGCUGUAAUUGCAUAUUCAGAAACCUCAGGAAGUGAAUUUCAAAGACAUUACCCUAGAUGUACAUUUCUGGAAUUUUCUGUUGGUGAAAAAGUUGUAAUUUUGGAUCAACUUUACCCUAGCAACCAUUUCAAGUUGCAUAUAUUGGUUUUGGAUUUUUUAUUACAGAAUCAAACAUUUAACAACUCAUAAACUGGAAUUGGGUCUCAUAGUUUGUUAUUGAUACAUAUAUAUUUAUAGAUCGUUUUACUAUACCAUUUGUGUAUUUUGCAAGGUCUUCAUUUAGUUACAAUAUAUAUUAAUUGUAGUGAAUGAAUGUGUUUUUUUUAAUUUUAUUUAAAAUGGUAAACUUCAUAUUGUACAAAUAUGAUGUAUGUUGAAAUGUAUGAAUUUAUUGUAUAUUUUAUCAUUGUUAUCAGGAAAAAUCUUUUAUGAAGUUAAGAGUAAAAUUCAUGCAUAGCCUUUAAUGAAUUUUCUGUUAUAUUUAAAACUUGGUUGGUAAAAAGGAUUGAAGAUUGAAUUAUACAACAAGCAUUUUGAAUAUUUCUUUUUACAGAAAAGUUGGCUUAAAAAUCUCCUUAAAACUACGUAGCCAAGCAUCUAAGUAAUCCCUUGUUCCAGAUUCCAAGCAACACUUGAAUACUUGUUUCCAUGAUACAAUGCUGACUUCUAAUUUUACCUGUCUCAUCAGGUUGUGCAUUCCAUUAAGGUAACAAAACAAACAGUGUUUUUCAGUCCGACAAAAUAAAGACAUGAUUGUUUGUGAAAAAUAGCUGGUGCAUUUCAAAAGACCCACCAAAAAAUAUUGCACAUAUCUACCAAGUAAAUAUGAAGCAAUAACAUUUUAAAGCUGAAAUUGCCUUUUGAAGAAAAACUUCUUAAAAGAUUUUUUUUAAUGCAUGCAAUUGCUUUAAUGAUUGUCAAAAAUAUUUUGUUUUAGUUUUAGUGAGCAAUAAGUCUAACAUAGAAGAAUAUUAAAAUAUAAUUGAUGGAUUGAGGAAUCAUGUAUAUGUUAUUCCUUCUUCACCAGAUAUUGUAUCAAAUGUUAAAUUUCAAGUCUGUUUGACUUGUUUGUGUCUCAUAUUUGUUUAUAAAUCAUACAAUUUGAUUACAGUGAUAUUUAAUUUUUGAUUUGUUGUUUUUAACAUAAAUUUUCAUAACAUGAUUACAUAAUGUGUCUCUCUGUUUUUGAAAAAAAUAAAUGUUUUUAUAGAAAAAAAUUUCAACUGAAAAAAAGAAGUUGUUCAACAAUCAUGUACAAUGAUUCAGCUGACAGUGUAAUUUGAUUAUACAAGUAUAACUAUGAUACUUUGAAAAUGAUAAUUGUAAUACAAAGAUGAAAAUAAAAUAGUUAAAUUUAAUUAUCUCUGAAUAAUCAUCUGAAAUCAUGUUAUGUAGCAGUUUCAACAUUUUCAAACAAAAGUCAUGGAUAGAAAUAAUCAACUCAUCUUUCAAUUCCACUUCUCUUCUAAAUAACUUCAAAAUUUUAAACUCAGCUUGAACUAUAAUGUAUGAAAUUUAUUUUCAAUUAUCUUGCUAGACUUUAUAUCCUAGAAAUUUUGUAUCAUUUUCAUGUCAUGUGAAGCUAGAAUAGUUCAUUUAGUUAAGAUGAUCAUUCAUAAUAUUUUAUAUGAAUGUGGAGUCUUAUAUUAAUUACAAAACAAAGCUAAGGUAUGUACAAUGAAAUAAAAUUUAAUAAAAAAAAACAGACAAAUAGGCAAAAUGUUAAUUCUAAGAAAAUGGAUUCAAUUGGUAAGGGCCAUUUGACAAAUUGUUAACUUCUUUUUCUGAUAAACUAUUGGUAAAGGCUUCUAGAAGAGACAACCAUGUUCACACAUAACAUGUGCAUCAUUUUUUUAUGUUUUUUCCUCCAUUUUUUGUAGCAUCCGUCCUGUUGUUUUGGUUGUCUGGUUAUAAUGUAGACUAUAGUAUACAAAUUUUUGCCAAAGGUAGAUCGGGUUUUUGUCAGAAUAAUCUCAACAGUCUUAAACUUGUUACCUGUAUCUAGAUACAAUAAAUGUUAUCAAAUCAUGAAAA